CGGCGGGCGGGCGCCCAGCCAUGGUGUGAGGGCAGGGACUGAGCCGGCCCGGCCCGGCCCGGCUCGGCGGCGGCGGCAGCACCAUGUCGGGCCCGAGCGCCGUGUCGGACCCGCAGCACCCGGCGCGGCUGCUGCGGGCGCUCAGCUCGUUCCGGGAGGAGACGCGGUUCUGCGACGCGCACCUGGUGCUGGAGGGCGAGGAGAUCCCGGUGCAGAAGAACAUCCUGGCGGCCGCCAGCCCCUACAUCAGAACAAAAUUGAAUUACAAUCCUCCAAAGGAUGAUGGCUCAACAUACAAGAUUGAACUCGAAGGGAUAUCUGUUGAUAUCAUGAAAGAGAUAUUAGACUACAUCUUCAGUGGGCAGAUCAGGCUAAAUGAAGAAACUAUCCAAGAUGUGGUACAGGCAGCUGAUCUCCUGCUGCUUACAGACUUAAAAACUCUCUGCUGUGAGUUUUUAGAAGGUUGCAUAGCUGCUGAGAACUGUAUUGGUAUUCGGGACUUUGCACUGCACUAUUGUUUGCAUCAUGUUCACUACCUUGCCUCAGAGUAUCUGGAAACUCACUUUCGAGAUGUCAGCAGCACAGAGGAAUUCUUGGAACUGACUCCUCAAAAACUGAAAGAAGUGCUGUCGAUGGAAAAGCUCAAUGUUGGAAACGAAAGAUACGUCUUUGAAGCGGUGAUUAGGUGGAUUUCUCAUGAUUCAGAAUCCAGAAAGGUCCACAUGAAGGAUGUGAUGUCGGCAGUGUGGGUGUCGGGGCUGGACGCGGCGUAUCUGCGCGAGCAGAUGAUGAGCGAGCCGCUGGUCCGCGAGAUCGUCAAGGAGUGCAACAACAUCCCCCUGACACCCCCGCAGCAGGGAGAGGCCAUGCUGGCCUCCUUCAAGCCCCGGGGCUACUCCGAGUGCAUCGUGACUGUUGGGGGGGAAGAGAGAGUAUCACGGAAACCAACCUCAGUGAUGCGGUGUAUGUGUCCUCUUUAUGAUCCCAAUAGACAGCUCUGGAUUGAACUUGCUCCUAUGAGUAUUCCAAGGAUCAAUCAUGGAGUAUUGUCAGCAGAAGGAUUUUUAUUUGUACUUGGUGGUCAGGAUGAAAACAAGGGAACGCUAAGCUCUGGAGAGAAAUAUGAUCCAGACACCAAUUCAUGGAGUUCCUUACCACCAAUGCAUGAGGCACGGCAUAAUUUUGGUGUGGUAGAGAUUGAUGGGAUUCUGUAUAUUCUGGGAGGUGAGGAUGGUGAAAGGGAGCUGAUCUCUAUGGAGAGCUAUGAUAUUUAUAGCCGGACCUGGACCAAGCAGCCAGACUUGACCAUGGUUAGAAAGAUUGGCUGCUAUGCAGCUAUGAAGAAGAAAAUCUAUGCAAUGGGUGGAGGCUCCUAUGGAAAACUGUUUGAAUCUGUGGAGUGUUACGACCCCAGGACUCAGCAGUGGACAGCAAUCUGUCCUCUCAAAGAGAGGAGAUUUGGGGCAGUGGCCUGUGGAGUUGCCUCUGAGCUUUAUGUAUUUGGUGGGGUCAGGAGUCGUGACGACAGCCAAGCCAGCGAGAUGGUGACAUGCAAAUCAGAAUUUUAUCAUGAUGAGUUUAAAAGGUGGAUUUAUCUAAAUGACCAGAAUCUAUGUAUCCCAACUAGCUCUUCUUUCGUGUAUGGAGCUGUGCCCAUCGGAGCCAGCAUAUACGUGAUUGGAGAUCUCGAUACAGGUACAAACUAUGACUAUGUUAGGGAAUUUAAGAGAAGCACGGGCACCUGGCAGCGCACGAAGCCGCUGUUCCCCUCGGACCUGCGCCGGACGGGCUGCGCAGCGCUGCGCAUCGCCAACUGCAAACUCUUCCGGCUGCAGCUGCAGCAGGGAUUGUUCCGCAUCCGCGUCCCUUCGCCGUGAUCCGUGUGCUGCCAGGGGAGGAGACUGGAAGAGUUCUGUGCAGUCCACCAUAAUCUAGCUCUAUUUAAAGGAAAAGCUGAGAAAUUACAGCUGAAAAUUACACUGUAUGCUGUGCUUUGGUAUGGUAACUGUUUUUGUUUUAAAUGCUUACAAAGCUUGAGUCUCAGUACUUGUUUCGGGAACAAAUAACUUAAGUACACAUUAAAGAGGAGAGAAGGGGGAAAAUAAAAGGGGAGAUCAAGGAAACACCUUCAGUCGUAACCAUUUGGAGUUUAAACCCUGUUAUUGAAGGAGGAUUUUUGUGUGUGAAACUGGUGGGAAUCGGUUUCCUUUGGCAAAGCUUAUUGAAAAGCAAAAAAAAAAAAAAAAAGAAGCUUUCAGGUGCAUUUCCCCUGCUGGGAACUGAUACAAAUCCAUUUGCUAUCUGGAACUGGAUAGCUUAAUACACAGAAGCUACAUGAUAACCAACCUCCCUGCUGUGCUGCUGUUGGAGCCUGAGGCCACAGGAGGUGUUGGUCGUUGCACCUUUUAUUUCUAGUCCUUUCUCAAAAGAUAAGGUCUGUGCCUAAAAAAUGGUGGAGGUGUGUACAUACGGUUUUUCAUUCAUUUGCGACGGUUUCAUUCUGACAAAUAUUUUUAAUAUAUAUAAAAUGGACUAAUCUGAAAAGGAUACACUCCAGGAAAUGGAUACAAUACACCACAAAGAUGUAAACAGUUUUUUCCUACACUGUCAUUCGAGUAGCCUGAUGAACUGGUCUGCAGGUGGGUGGCAUGCACUUCUAGGUGGGCUUUGGUGGCUGUUUUCCUUGAAGUGAAAAGGGAAGACAUGUUUGGAACAGUUAGUGAUGAUUGCUGCUUUUGGUAAGAGCAAAAGGACAAACUAAAUAGAUUGUGUUCCUUUUUACUUCACUUGCAAGCUAAGAAUGGUUUUUAAGACUGAGGAUUGUAAAAAGGUGUAUUUUAUGUCUCUUACAACAAAGGCGAAAUAUGACAAGGAUAUAUUUAUUUUGCAGAAAACAUGGGGUUUGAACUAAGAGUUAAGGAAAAUUUGUACAGUGACUUUAAAUUGGGAUCAAAACUUGGUUUACUAAUGAUUUCUGUGCUACAGUACAGUCUUGUUUACUGCUGUCUGACUUUGGAAGCUGGGUUUUAUGAUGUGGUUAUAGUGAAGAACUUAGUAUCUUGCAUUUUAUUUCUUACUAAGCCUUGUUCACAUCAGUAGUGAUAUUUAAUUGACUUUUGUUUGUAGUCAAGAUUAGCUGAUAGAACAGUUUUACCUCAAUUUUUGAUUUCAUUGUUGUUGUGAUGGGUGGGGCAUAACCUGUAUUUAUUUAAAAGGAAUAAACUGGGAGAGAUGAAAAAUAUAAAUAAUACCUCCUGCCCUUCAGAAAAAGAGACUUUGUACAACCAGUAUUAUAACUACAUACAAGACUAUCCACUCUGAAACUUUGUGGACCUCAGACAAGCCAAACUCUGCCCUCAGUUAGUGUAAAUCUUCGUCAUCUUUAUUGAAAUAAUUUUACAUAUGUUGAAAUAUGAUCCCAAACUAGGUCAAAAUAUUGGUAUUUCACUAAAUAGUCUUUGAAGAGCCAUUCUGAAACUUACUUCUGCUCACUCCUUCCAUAGCACUGAUGUGGGGUUGGAAUUACUCUUGAUUCCUGAGCAGAGGAGUGUGAGAGGGUGAGGAAAAGGGCAGCAGCCAACCCAUUGACUUUAUUUUUAUUUUUUACAAUGCUGAAGUGCUGCAAAACUUGAACUAUAUACAUCGAUUUUCUGACCUAUAUUAGUUGGCAUAUUAAAAAGUUUAUAUAUUUAUGCAUUGCAGUAAACUUGGUGUGUAUAUAUAUAUAUAUAUAUAUAUAUGUCUUUAGGUUUUAAAUUUAUAUAUAAUGCUUUACCACAGAAAUGUGAACCACUAUUUCCAUCCUUGGCCGGCUUGUGAAAUAAAUCAAGUGCUGUUAGUUAUGUAAAACUUC